AUGCUGUCGACGGAAAGACCAACGGACAGAGCCGAAGCAUUCAAGCCCAAAACUGAUUUCGAAAAGAAGAUGAUGGAGAUGUGGAACGGUUCAAAGAACAACAUGACAAAUGAUACGGUGUACACAGAAGCUGAGUUAGAGAUUAUACGGGCAAUGGAUGUGAAAGAGGCCAAGGAAAAAUUAAAUCAAAUGCAGAAGAUGCGGGCACUUAUCAGCUAUCGUGAAGCAAAGUAUCGAUAUGCGGCUAAGAUCAAAUCUAAACGUUACCAUCGCAUCCUUAAACGUCAAAAACGAAAGCAGCUAAUCAAAGAGUUUGAUGACCUGCUGGAACGCGGUUCUCUCAAGCAUCGUGCUCGAACGAAAUUCCAACAGGACGUAGUGAAAUAUGCUGGUCGAGAUGCUCGCGCUAAACAGGUGUUGGAGGAACAUUUGAGGAUUGGACGCGAGUUUAAAUCCAAAGUCUCGAUAGAAUCCGAAAGUGACGAUGAGAAAGAUGAAGAGAAGAACGAGAAGAAAAUGAGUGUCUCGGAAAUGAUUAAGAGCGCAGCACUGGCAGCAGCGAAAGGAGAUGGAGCAGAAGGAACCUCCGAGACCGCCAUGGACGCCAAAGAAGCCCAAAUGGCUCUGUUCGAGCUAAGAGCGAAGAAGCGACGUCAACUAGAGACGGCUAAGGCUCGGGCCGUGCAAAAGACAACAUCGGAUUCCGAACCGUUAUUCAACCAAGACGAUGACUGGACCGUUGUCACAGCUCAAGCGCCGUCAACCACUGACUCUGAAUCUGAAUCUGAUGGGAAAUCGGCUGAAACAGCAGUUAAUGAUGUAGACAACAAAGCCGACGCUCCAGCAGAGGCUCCCGAAGUGAAAAGUUUGGAAAUUGAAGGCAAAAAAGGUAAAAAGAAGAAAAAGCGAGUGCACUUCGAUGAAGUCCCUGAGCAGAAGGAGUGCAGUACAAAAGACAUAGAUAAGUUGUUCGAUGCGGCUGAAGAGAAGAUUGUUGAGAAUAUAAAAGAGGUGGAAACGACGAAUUUAUCGAAGGUAUCUGCUGAACUUAUGGACAAGAUGGAUGAAUUCGAUGAA